AUGGGAAAGGUUCAUGGAUCUUUGGCUCGUGCUGGUAAGGUGAGAGGCCAGAUUCCCAAAGUGGCUAAGCAAGAUAGAAGAAGAAGCCCCAUGGACGCGCCCACAAGCGCAUGCAAUACAACCGCCAAUUCGUCACCGUCGUGGUUGGCUUCGGCAAGAAGAGGGGACCCAACUCAUCUGAGAAGUAGACAAAGCUUUUUUUGA